AUGGCAACAAAAAUCAUCUACUUCACAGUGAAUGGGAGACCAGAGCAGGCUGAGUUCCCAGUGGAUUGUCCUGCCCAGGAUGUCAAAGAUCUUUUCCGCUCUGCAGCGGAGGCCGGACCCCACGACAUCCUGAAGCUGUACAACCCCAAAGGCAACAUCAUCAACAUCUCCCCAGGUCUAGAGCCAAACAGCCCAAACUCCUGCUACAAGCUGGAGGUGGUGGCCGCCGACUGCAACAGUGAGCCGUUAGGUGCGGAGCUUGCUGGUGCACUCGGGUUUGACCUCUCAUCCAUGGAAAAAAGACUGCAGGGCCUGGAGAAGAAAAUCCUGAUCGAGGCUGGAGAGACUCCUGCAGUGGUGUAUGAGAUGAAGAAACAGGUGGAUUCAUUCCAGAUAAAACUAGAGAGUGUGGAGCAUCUGAGUUGGCUUGGCCUGUUUAAAGACCUGUCUGAGGGAACACACAAGCCCUCCCCCUUCUACCACAAGAGAACCCUGCGGAAAACCAGGGAGGAGUGUGAGCACGUCCGGGAAAAGUUUCUUCAAAUGAGCUCUCUGGAGGUAUCAGAAGAAGUGAGGCAGUACCUUAAAACCCCAACCUUUGAUAACUGGCAGUGGGAGGACGCAGAGAUCAUGGUGCUCCUGCAGGUCAUGUACACAGAUCUAGAUUUCAUAGCGACCUUCAACAUCGAGCCUGAAGUUCUGCAGCAGUUCCUGUUUGAAGUCUACCGCAGAUACAACAACAUCCCUUUCCACAACUUCAAGCACUGCUUCUGUGUUACCCAGAUGAUGUACGGUUUGAUCUGGCUGACUGACCUGAGGAGUAAGAUGGACACCAUCGACCUGCUGAUCAUGCUGACCUCUGCAGUUUGCCACGACCUGGACCACACAGGAUACAACAACGCCUAUCAGAUAAACGCUCGGACUGAACUCGCUCUUCGCUACAACGACAUCUCUCCCCUGGAGAACCAUCACUGCGCUGUAGCUUUUGAGAUACUGGAGAAGACAGAGAACAACGUCUUUAGAAAUCUGUCCAUGGAUCAGUACAAACGGAUCAGAGAGGGAAUCAUCAAAUGCAUUUUGGCCACUGACAUGACAAGACACAAUGAGAUUCUCAAUAAGUUCAAAUCCAUCCUGCCUGUUUUUGACUUCACCAACAAGGACCACAAAGAUGUGCUGAUGAUGAUCCUGAUCAAAGUGAGUGAUAUAUCCAACGAGGCGCGGCCCAUGGAGGUGGCUGAGCCCUGGCUGGACUGUCUUCUACAGGAGUUCUACAACCAGAGUGAUGUGGAGAAGCUUGAGGGUCUUCCAGUGACCCCCUUCAUGGAUCGGGACAAAGUAACCAAACCUUCAUCCCAGACAGGCUUCAUCAGAUUUGUCCUCCUGCCUCUCUUCAUCGAACUGGCCAACCUCUUCCCCUGCCUGGAGCAUCACAUCAUCGACCCAGUGCGGAAGGCUCUGGACUACUACACAGAGAUGGAGAAGGCUCUGGAGAGGGAGAAGCAGAACCGAGCUCAGAGUGAGAACGCAGCAAAGAGCAAGGACUCGUCUGUGGGAGCUCAGAGCUCAGCUGACAGCCACACAGAGGCUGAGUCCUCCAGACCAGACACACACUGA